GAUUCUUGGCAUGUUGCAAGUGUUUUGCGUAGCGAUCCACUGGGUGCUCUUUGCGCAAGCAUCAAUUGUCGCGUCUUCACGACACUGCACGUGCGUGGCUUGUACGGCGUCAGAAAUGAAAUUUGCACCCCAUUGUUCCGAAUGCAGCGCAGCAACCGGCCACAACUGCAGACCAUGGAAGGAGGGGAAUCUCACCUUGCUUGGUUGCAGUCGUUGCUGGCCUCUCUGCAUCUCUUGCCUGGCAUCUCGAUCUUUGACGCUUGCUGGCGAGGCCUUCUGGUAUGUCUCGAAGGAGUGGACAAGGCCCAUGUGCCCCAUGUGGCAGCUUGUCUUGACCGAGCGAUUGCGACCGUGGCCGAGGAGAAAGUGUUCUUUGUGACUCACAAGAAUAGCGGCCAGAUCAGCGCCUUGCAGAUUGGUGGGUUGGAUGCUGUGGGAUUGUUCUUGGCAUUGGGUGCCUUUGGCGGGAUGCACUGA